GUAAAGGAGAAAUAUAUUAUUAUAGGUUUAGUAUAUAUAGAUUUCACAAUGAUUCACAGUUUGUUUAUCAUCAACGCUUCAAUGCCCUUGUUGGUUUGUUAGUUUACACCGAUCAUUUAUGCAGUUUAGGAACUUGUGUUUGAUUGCUGUGGAUGGCAGACGUUUGUGGCUGUUCAAAAGACAUCAGGCCAUGGAAAAAUAAUAAGUUUUAUUAUCGACUGAAGAAAGUAACUGUGGACAAGCCCAUUCUCCUGAAGACAUUCCUCUGUUGUGAAAAAAUACUUUGGAAAAAUUCGUGCCCUUGCUGGUUAGAGUCGGCCAAAGAUCAUAUUUUCAUGUAAAGUUUGCACUAAUAUUGAGCUGUACAAUUUUCUGGGAGAGGUCUCACUGGUCAGUUUGCAACAUUGAAGAAUGUCCGAUGUGUUUUCAUGAGCAGUUGCAAGGUCAACAAAAUGGUGACAGAAACGAUAAAGUAACGAGCUGCAGAAGAAGGCAUUCGUGCUGUCAGACGGAAGCAAAAACGGUGAAGAAGUGGAGGUUGUUGGAACUUUUAAAGGCUAAUAAUCACGGAAAGUUGCUUUGUUGACGUACGGCGUUGAAGAAUUUCCUAAGUUCGAUGUAUUUACCUUGGAUAAUACAGAAUUUAUAGAGUUGCCUUCAACGAAUGAAAAGUUACUUCAUGGAUGAAGAACGUUACGAGUCUAAAGGUGAAGGAACGGAAUAUUACCCCGACUAUGAAAAGUGCAGGAAUGGUGGCUUAUUAUGUUGCAACAAAAGGGGAACAUGCUUUUGGAACUAAAGAGAGUAUAUUGAGUAACUUGUUAAAUGGAAACCCUGUUGGCUUGAAGAAAAUCGAUGAUGUUCAACUUAAAGAUCUUCUUUCAUGGAUGCUACAGCAUAAGCCUGAACUCAGGCCAUCAGCCAACGAGGCGUUAAAACAUCCUUAUUUACAAUCCAAUGAGGAAAGUUUUGACAUGCUGUGUGAUGUUGGGAACCAACCAGAGAUAAAACAACCACAAUAUCACAAUUCAGAUGUUCGUGAGUAGUUGAAUUAUCGUACAACAUGGAUGAAACCUAUCGAUGAUGAAGUUUUGAAAGAUUUUAAAACAUUUGAAGUAAAAAAACAAAGAAAGGACUGUAACAUACCAGUCUUCGUGGGCAAGUUGUUUGCGAUUCAUAACUAACGUUGAUCAUCACUGGCAUGAUAAACCUCGUCCACGUCUAUCGCCAUAUAUCAAAGAAGGCAACUAUAAAGAUUAUUUCAUUCAACGUUUUCCCGAACUUCUUUUUCUAGUGCACAAAAUUAUUAGAACGACUAACUGGAAAACAAGACCUAAAAUGCUAAAACAUUUUAUCUGAAACAUAAAUCCUGUGAAAAUUGAAGGAAGUCAAUGGAAAGAAAAGUGAAGAUAUUAUUGACAGUCGUAAUCUUGAUGGAAAAUGAAGUAUAACAAAUUUUUAACUAAUCAUGUGCCACUUUCUAAUUGUUAGUUUGAGCAACGACCAAGAAAUUGGUUCAUAAAGUCAUAUCAAGGAUUACUUGCAUAUAUAGUCACUGAAAGAUAUAUUUCUGGAAAAAAAGAUUGGAGAAGUGUUUUAAGUCGCUCUGUUUGUGAUUAUUUCUUUGAAGCUCAAGGAAAGAUUCGUCUCACAAAAGUGCAUCUACGCAGAUCAAAGCAACUAUCGUCGUUCAUUUUAAGGUCACGAAGACAUUCCUCCAGUAAUUGCAACAGGAUUUGGUUAUCUGUCAUGAUCUCUUAUUUUUUUCAGUUGUGGAAAAUGAAGGGAAUUUCAUUGGUAGACGACCGUCGUCAUGGAUUUACCUGCAAACGUUUGUUCAUAAUUCCCGACACUCGCUAAGUUACAUCAUUUGGCAGGAAGACGUUUUACAACGAAGACAAAUUUAAAAAUUUGCACUAAUAUUGAGCUGUACAAUUUUCUGGGAGAGGUCUCACUGGUCUGUUUGCAACAUUGAAGAAGUUUUUUCAUGAGCAUUUGCAAGGUCAACAAAAUGGUGAUAGAUACGAUAAAGUCACGAGCUGCAAAAGAAGGCAUUCGUGCUGUCAGACGGAAGCAAAAACGGUGAAGAAGUGGAGGUUGUUGGAACUUUUAAAGAUACUGAUAUGACAAAUUAAUGAGAAAUUACGUUGACGAAAAGAUAAGUUUAAAGACUGUCCAACAUGAUUUGUGUUCAACAUUACGAUAAGCCUAGUGAGCGGUCUUUCGACUUCUCUGUUGGUCCUGAUAUCAAUAUCAUGUCUAUCACUGUUGGCAAUAAAGAGGAUUUUCAGAAGCUUGUUGAUGAUGAAUUGGAAGAGGUUAAUUUAAACUUUCAUCUCAUAGAUGCCAAUAUUUUCCUAAUGCUACACCAAGGGGAAUCUAUAAAAGUUCGCACAGCCACUGGUACUGAGGGCUACUUGUUUGACAUUAUUCCGUGUUUAGAUUUUGGUGAAAAUCAUCAGUAUUUGAAUAAUGCUAUCUUGAUAAAAAGUGAUGAGUCAUUUCUUCAAUAUGGUGACGCUGGUGUUCUUGCUUAUUUUUUGGAUAUAAAAAAUAAUUGGCUACCGUUUGCGUAUGGAGUUGCAGAAUUAGCUGAAAGUGACGGAGAGACCGGAGAGACAUAUUAUAUCUGCAUGAGAUUAAAGACUGCCUUAGAAGCACUCGGCCUUCAGGGUGGUCAGUUUUUUAAACUGAGGAACAAUGGUGACACUCUAUCCGUUAGUGAUAAACACAUCAACGAUGGCACUGCAUUGAACAACACCAACCGUGACGACAAUGGUCGCACUGCCUCUUAUAAAGAGAAAGCUGACGAAAGAACAUAUCAGGAACAUGAACAAGAGACAUACACUUAUUCAAGCCAACUUGAAAUUGCUGAGAAAACGGACAACAAAAUACUCAAUCUGAAGCUUCUAGCCCAGAUGCACACCAAUGAAUAUCACAAAUUUGUUGGGUUGUCGCAAAAAUGGAAUUGCGUUGACAAAUCAGUGAUGCAUCGCGAAAAGUUUGAAAUGAUGCAAAAACAUUGGCUUGAACAUCCAGGUGAUAUUAGAAUUAAAGGCGAUGUACGUGUGAUUUUCGUGAAAAAGUUCUUGAUUAGCGAAGGAAGUGGUGGAACCGUUUAUCUUGGCUUGGGAAAGGAUGGUUAUGGAAAAGCUGUUAAACGAAUCCUUAAAUAUAGCUGUAUCCAUCUUGCUCUACGAGAAAAGAAUGUUUUGAAUGAGGCAAACGCAAAGAAGUCGAAGCAUGUUGUAAAGUAUUGGAACUUUGUAGAAGAGGAAGGAGAAGGUUUUGUCUAUUUGAUAUCAGACUUGUGCGAACAAACUUUGACAAGUUUUGUUGAGUCUACUAGAUUAGAUAAACUUCACGAAGUCCUUCCCAAUAUUCUUAGACAAAUUUUAAAUGGAUUAUCUGAUCUUCAUAAUGGCCCAAGUUCUAUUCUUCAUCGGGAUUUAAAGCCUUCUAAUGUUCUUCAAGACGUGGAAGGCAAAUUUAUGAUAGCUGACUUUGGUAUUAAACGAAUUUUGAAGAGUGGCUCUAACAAACAUAAAAGCCAUCCUAAUAGGGGAACUCAGUAUUGGAUUGCACCUGAAUCGUAUAUUGAUGGUCGUUACAAGAAAGAGUCUGAUACAAUGUGUGCAGGAAUGGUGGCUUAUUAUGUUGCAACGAAAGGGGAACAUGCAUUUGCAACUGAAGAGAAUAUAUUGAAAAACUUGUUAGAUGGAAACCCUGUUGGCUUGAAGAAAAUCGAUGAUGUUCAACUUAAAGAUUUUCUUUCAUGGAUGCUACAGCAUAAGCCUGAACUCAGGCCAUCAGCCAACGAAGCGUUAAAACAUCCUUAUCUACAAUCCAAUGAGGAAAAGUUUGACAUGCUGUGUGAUGUUGGAAACCAACCGGAGAUAAAACAACCACAAUAUCAAAAUUCAGAUGUUCGUAAGCAGUUGGAUUGUCCCACAGAAUGGAUGAAACGUAUCGAGGAUGAAGUUUUGAAAGAUUUCAAAACAUUUGAAGUAAACAACAAAGAAAGAACUGUAACCUACGAGUCUUCAUGGUCAAGUUGUUUGAGAUUCAUACGUAACGUUGGUCAGCACUGGCAUGAUAAAACUCGUUCAGGCCUAUCGCCAUAUAUCAAGGAAGGAAACUAUAAAGAGUAUUUCAUGCAACGUUUUCCCGAACUUCCUCUACUGGUGCACAAAAUUAUUAGGUCGACUGACUGGAAAACAAGACCUGAUCUCAAAAAACAUUUUACGAAUGAUAAUAACAGUGAAGUCAUCAUUGGUGUUUCGCCUUCCACAUCGAAACCUGAUGCAGAUGAUAAUUUGGAUGAACACCUUUGGAUGAACACAAGUAUUUCCGAAGCUUCGAAAAAAAGGAAACCUUCUGUAUGUCAAUCGAAUGAUAAUGACAGUUUCGAAGACAGCGAUGCAAUCCCUUCAUUGGAAAAGGGAAAACAACGUUUGGAAGUUCAAGAAUUGUUGCGUCAACCAUGGAAAUGUUUUGAUAAAUCAUUAAUACAUCAGAAAAAGUUUAAAAAGAUGGAGGAAUAUGGACGCAAACAUCCAGAAAAAGUUACACUGCUCAAUGAAUUGCGUGUAAUCUUCAUGAAGGAGUUUUUGCUUGGCAAGGGAAGUGAUGGAACCCGUGUUUACCUAGCCCUGGGAAAUAAUGGCUAUGGAAAAGCAGUAAAGCGAAUACCCAAAGAUAGCGGCAAUGACUUUGCAAAUCGAGAAAAAGAAAUUUUUAAUGAGUUGAAUGCAAAGCGUUCAAAUUAUGUUGUGAAUUUUUGGGAUUUAAAAGAGAACCUUGACGAAGAAUAUUUGUACAUGAUUUUAGAUUUGUGUGAAGAAUCGCUAGAGAGUUAUGUGAAAUCUUCUUCUUUGCAAGAUCUUCAAAAAGUCGUUCCUAAAGUUCUUAUUCAGAUCUUAAAUGGUCUAGUUCACCUUCACAGCGGUGAGCGUCCUAUUCUUCAUCGGGAUUUAAGACCCUCGAACGUUCUUCGAGAUGUACAAGGAAAUUUUUUAAUCGCUGACUUUGGUAUAAGUCAUAUGUUAUCUGAUGAAACUUCGACACAUCGGAGCAUACAAAGAGGAGCUAAAUAUUGGAUAGCUCCAGAGUCAUAUAACGCAUCAGAUGAAUCAAUUGAUAAAGUUCGUUACAAAAAAGAGUCUGACAUUUUGAACGCAGGAAUGGUGGCUUAUUAUGUUGCAACAAAGGGAAAACAUCCUUUUGGACCUGAGGCGAAUAGACUAAAAAACAUGUUGGAUGGAAAACCAGUUGGUUUGGAAGAAAUCAAAGAUGUUCAACUUAAAGAUCUUCUUUCAUGGAUGCUACAACGACAACCAGGAGACAGGCCAUCUGCCGAUAAGGCAUUAAAGCACCCUUAUCUACAAACAGGCGAAGAGAAAUUUAACAUGCUGCGUGAUAUGGGGAACCAACUGGAGGUGAAACAUUCACAAGGUCAAAAUUCUCCCCCUUCAGACGUUCAUACGCCUCUUCUGGUGCACAAAAUCAUAAAGUCGACUGACUGUAAAACAAAACCUGAUCUCAAGAAACAUUUUACGAGAUUUACUAUUUUGAUGUUGAUUUCUGUUACCAAGUUGGUUGAACAACUUGAAGAAAUCAAUGGAAAGAAAAGUGAAGACAUAAAUUGUGAUAUGGAUCUUGACGUAGAAAUUGAAAGAGUAAAUGGAAGGAAAAACAAAGAAAGCCCAAGUCAUAACGUAUUUUUGAAUGAUGGAUUGGAUAUGGAAGAGAACGAAGAUGUUGCUCAAAGUCUCGAUACAUGUGGUAGAUCAUCAAUUCAAGUUGAAAACAGCGAGGGUAGUUUGGUGUGGAAUGUUGGUAACAUGGAUAGGUUUCGUCGUUUUUUGGUGUUGGGAAGCGAUACAGGCACUUUCUACAUUGGCGAAAGAACGUUAGGCUUAGAAAAUGCGACAGUCGUCGUGAAUCUUUUACGAGCAGGAAGGAGUGUUGAAGUUGUCAAUGAAAUAGAGAAGUAUAGCAUUGAAGGACGAACCGUAAGACAGCAGGCCAUCGUGUUUUCUCUUGCUGUUUGUGCCCGGAGGGGGGAUCUUGCCACAAAAAGACAAGCAUACAAGGCUUUACCAAAGAUCUGUCGAAUUCCGACUCAUUUGUUUAUGUUUAUUGACUUCUGCAAGUUACUUAGUCAGCCUGGCAAAGGUUGGGGUCGUGCCCAUAGGAAUGCCAUAAAACGUUGGUACAAAGAAAAAGAUCCAUGGAAACUGGCGAUGGAUCUCACCAAAUACCAAAAGCGUGAAGGAUGGUCACAUAGGGAUGUUGCAAGGUUAAUGCAUCUCAAGGCAGAAGGAAUUGGUGUUUCUGAUGAGUUGUUUGUUUUAAUGAAGUAUGUUGUUUGUGGUUGGCAGAAGCUUUUUGAAUAUUUCUUUCCUGAAGAUAAGACAACUCCACAUCCUCCUAUUGGACAUCAUGGCAGUGCGAUGUUGGUAUUUUUUAGGGCAGUUGAAACGAUAAAAACAGCGCAAGAGGAGGCAAGAGUGGUUGAACUGAUAAAUCAUCAUAAUCUUGUUAGAGAACAUAUUCCAACACAUUGGCUUAAUUCUAAAGAGGUGUGGGAUGCUCUGUUAAAGAAAAUGCCAAUGACGGCAAUGAUACGUAACUUAAACAAAAUGACGUCCAUUGGCUUGCUUGCUGAAGGAUCACCUCAGGCUUUAGAUGUUUGUAAAAAACUGUGCCAUGGGGAUCCGUUAAGAAAUGAAUGCAUCCAUCCGUUUAACAUGUUAUUAGCUUUGACAAUAUACAAGUCUGGAAAGGGUGAGAAAGGUUUUCUUGAAUGGAAACCUAAUGAGGACAUCAUCGAAGCAUUGGAGGAAGCAUUUUAUUUAUCAUUUAAGAAUGUUGAACCAACAGGUAAAAGGCACAUGCUAGCUCUGGAUGUAAGUGGCUCAAUGCAAUUCAGUAGAUGUUUUGGUGCAAGUCCAGUUAGAUCUCACAUGGCUUCUGCUGCAAUGGCUUUGAUGACAGCACGAACAGAACAAUAUUGCAAAUUUGUUGCAUUCAGUCAAGAAAUAGUUUUGAUAGGGAUGUCCAGUAGCAUGAAAUUGAAUGAAAUUUUAAAUAUUUUUAAUGAAAUUCCAAAGGGUAAAACAGACUGCGCUCGACCCAUGCUUUAUGCCCUUGAGAACAAUUUGAAGAUUGAUGUUUUUAUUGUUUACACUGACUCUGAAACAAAUUAUGGCAAAGUUCAUCCAAAGGAGGCUCUCAAACAAUAUCGUCACCAUUCAGGGAUUCACGAUGCUAAACUCAUUGUGGUUGCUAUGACAUCAAAUGGUUUCACUAUUGCUGACCCAGAUGAUCCUGGGAUGCUUGAUAUAGCUGGCUUUGACUCUGCUGCAACACAAGUGAUGAGAGAGUUUAUCUUGGGGGAUUUUUAGAAGUUUUUAGUGAACAUCUCUGUAUUUUCUCCAUAACGAAUGUCCUCAUUAAGAUAUGACAAAAUUCAUAAUCUUUGAUGGCUCAAGUUGAAUGUUGCAUGUGGUCGUCAAAGUUGCUUCGUGCAUGUUUGCGGGCAUGAAUUUUGUUACGGUCAAUCACCAUGUUACGGCAUUUUCCCUAAAAAAAAACUUUAGCAAAACACGGGAAAACUAAAAGCAGGAUAGCUAACAGUCUGGAGUUCAUUCUGUGUUUUAUUCAUUUCUACAAUAAACUUAUUUAUUUGUACAAA